AUCCCCCUUACCUGAUGUACGACGAAGACGGAAUCACGGCGGACCAGAAGAUUGAGGACGAUAGAAGCGUGAUAGAGGCAGGAGGCAUUAGCGGUGAGCAGGUUAUCGCGACAGCUGGAGGUAUUGGAGUUGGCGUUGGUAUAGGGAUAGGUGGAUCUGGAACUGGUCCCGGUGGUAGUACAGGUUUGGCUAGCUAUUGGCAACACGCUACCACAGCCACUGGAUAUUGGCCAUCGUUGCUUGACUGUUGGACAACGCCGUCCAUUGCUUCCGGCUCGCAGACGCUCUCUCUGCCGCGAGACGAGAACUGA